UUGUGUUGUUGCACAGGAGCUGCUGUCAUGUGAUAGCCCGAUAGCACGUCCGAGGAGCUGCUGUUGACAGUAGUCUCCAACCUUUAGAUGAAUCAGGUAUAAAACCACGCCAGAGAGAAGUUGUAUGUUUUCUGGAGAAGACUCACCCGGGUCGUUUGUGUCUGGGGUGUAGUUUGACCCCUCGGACGCUGCCAUGGGUUGUUGUUACAGCAGCGAGAACGAGACCUCAGAGCAGGACGGUGACCGUAACGAAGAACGUAAGCCGCUGAUUCCACACCCAAACCCUGUCAGCAAGCCUCCAAAUGGGACAGAUUUUCCUCCUUCAAGUAUCCCAUCAGCACGGACUGAUGAACAGGCUCUGCUUUCAUCCAUUCUCACCAAGACUGCACAGAACAUCAUUGAUGUCUCAGCAGCUGACUCCGUUAUGAUGGAGCAGCAUGAAUACAUGGACAAAGCUCGGCAAUACAGUACAAAGCUGGCUGUGUUGAGCAACAGCCUGCCCCAGAAGAAAGCACUUGCUCUCCCUUCCCUCACCAGCCAGCCCCAUCAAGUGCUUGCUAGUGAUCUGGUGCCAUACUCGGAUGUCCAACAGGUGUCCAAGAUAGCAGCUUAUGCUUACAGUGCAAUCUCUCAAAUCAAAGUGGAUGCUAAAGAAGAACUGGUUGUCCAGUUUGCCAUUCCUUGACUCUUCAGCUCUGGCCUGCGUAUUGUUCCUCCCAUUUCGGUCUCUCUGCAUCACUCCUGCAUCCUCACCUUCCAGCCCACCCUCUCUAAAGCAUCUUGGUCCUUGUGCUUCUUUGCUAUGUCUCUACCUGCUACAAAAACAGAGACAAUGUAGGGUUGCUACCACAUUGCACCCUAUGGCUGUCUUUUUUUAGUGUAAUUAAUUAUGGGACAGUGACAAAGAGUUGUCAUGGAUGAUGGAAGAUGGUCUUCAGUAGAUGGGUGAUCUCAUUUUGACAACAAGGCCUCCACUGUAUCAAAUGCCUGGAUUACAGCCUUUGCCAUAAUCACCUGUGGGGAAAAAUCUUCCUUUAUCAGCAUCACGGGUGAUCUAUGUAAUAUUUUUACGGUUACCUUUUUUUCCUGCGCUGUUUCUGUGUCAUUAUUUCAGCUUUUACUCCCAGGCAAGUAAGGCUAGCCCCACAUUUCUGACUGCUAUUCAAGUGUGAAAGAAUGCACUGUAUAUUCACCUGGGACAGAGCUGUAGGGAUCUGGCAGAAGGCACUGGCUAUUCUGGGGUUUGUACUUUGUAAGAUGUCAAAUGAAACAGGAGAAGUGUGUUUGUCAUGAAGUAAUAGAAAUGAUCACCACAGAUAUAAAAAUAGCAGGUCACUAUUUUAACCAUUGAGCAGGAAAAAGAAUUGUCUUUAACUUUGUUCUGUUGCUUUAUGAUGAUGCUGUCCAUUCCUCAAUCAUUCAUUUCAUAGUUUAAAAAAGGGGGUGGCUAUUAUCCUUUAAAGAUAAGGUGUCUCAAUCAUUUGGGAAGUUACACUUUAUAGUCGCUCAUGAUGUUCACAGGUCAGAUUAGGGUAUCAAACGUAGCCUCACAUGUGUAACAAUAAAGACCAUGUGUCAGUACAAUAUCAAGACAAACCAAACUUCACAAGUAAAUUUCAGUGUUACAGACAAACAGACUAGGCAGGAAAUAUAUAGUUCAAUGUAAUCUUUUACUCAUGGUUUAGUUGUCCAUGGCGACUGUUCUCUGGUGGGUGAGGAUGCAAAUAAAUCAGGGGCUGAUCAGUGGGUCAGCAAAUGGCACUUGGAGCGAGAACAGGUGAAGCUUUCUCGGGGCACGUGUGCACACGUUUACAGACUGUAACAUGUCCUCUGCAGUUUUCUAGCACUAAAGCAUUGAGAAAGUAGGUCUUGAACUCAAAUCCCAGAACUUUGCAUAUUUAAUAACAGUGAGGACAGACAAAAAUGGUGGGUGUGUGCAGGCUGCAGGGACAGAUAAUGUGUAUUCAUGCCUUCUCUGUACAGAAUUUUCUGAUUGAAUAUAAAAAACGAUAAGAUGAUGGAUUGUAUGAAGUUCCUCUUUUUGUAGAGAGUUCAUCAGUCAGGACUGGCUAAGAUCUUGUGGUGACGCGUUUUUAUGAAAACACAAGAACAAUUUUAAGGCCUGCGUUUGUUAGCUUUUAAACAAAGCUUUUCGCUGCAGAUUGUAAUAUGAUUAAGUUGUUGACAUUAAUCAGAAACUAACCAUUGUAGCAGUGUGGUGGAGCGUUAACAAUCUAUGUACCACAACAGAGAAAAUGAUCCCAGACCUUUUGUGAUUAUUUAUUUGUGUUUUUAAAUGUAUUUUUGCUCUUUGUCCGAGAGCAUGAGGCUAGAUGCAGGGAGCAUGGUAAGCCACUCUUGAGUCUCUAAAGGGAUGAUCUGCAAGGCUGUGAUUAUUUCAACCACGCAUUUGAUUUAAGCUUUUUGCAAUGGGUUCUUGGCAUUUUUUUUCUGUUUUGUUUGUUACUCAAAUGUGUAAUACUACCUGAAGUAUGUUUGUAAGUUAGGCUAGUACCAAAAACUUAAGUUGAAGGUUUUUUAUUUUAUUUUUUUGGUUAAUUCAUUAAAGACUUUCAACAUAA